AUGCUGCAGCACAAGAAGCGCAGAGAGUGGGGGCCGGGCUUCUCCGAGAUGAGCAGCACGGCAGCCCCAGGCCUGCAGGGCAGGGUCCGGAAAACGCUGGGAAAGGUCUUCGGGUUUGAAUCGUUCAAGACUUCCCUGCAGGAAAGUGCAACCAUGGCUGUGGUGAGAGGCGAGAAGGAUGUCUUUGUAUGUAUGCCCACAGGGGCAGGGAAAUCCUUGUGCUACCAGCUUCCUGCAGUUCUGGCAGUGGGCAUCACCAUUGUCAUUUCACCUCUGAUUGCACUGAUUCAGGACCAAGUGGACCACUUGCUGGCUCUGAAGAUCAAAGCCUGCUCUCUGAACUCCAAGGUUUCCGCCCAGGAAAAGAAGACCAUCUUGGCUGACUUAGCAAAUGAGAAGCCCCAGAUAAAGCUUCUGUACAUCACCCCAGAGAUGGCAGCUGCCUCAUCCUUCCAGCCUACACUCAACUCCCUAGUGUCUCGAAAUCUCCUGUCCUACCUGAUAAUUGAUGAAGCUCAUUGUGUCUCCCAGUGGGGACACGAUUUCCGACCGGAUUACCUGCGGCUGGGCACCUUGAGAUCUCGCAUACCCAAUACACCAUGUGUUGCUUUGACUGCCACUGCUACCAAGCAAGUCCAGGAGGAUAUUGUGACAGCACUUAAGCUAAAGCAGCCACUUGCCACCUUUAAGACUCCUUGCUUCAGAUCUAACUUGUUCUACGAUGUGCAAUUCAAAGAGCUUUUGACUGAUCCUUAUGCCAACUUGAAGGAUUUCUGUCUGAAGGCACUGGAAGUGAAGAACACCACUGGGGUGUACUCUGGCUGUGGCAUUGUGUACUGCAGGAUGAGGGAUGUGUGUGACCAGCUGGCUAUUGAAUUGAGCUACCGAGGAGUGAAAGCCAAAGCGUAUCAUGCAGGGCUCAAGGCAGCUGACAGGACUUCAGUCCAGAAUGAAUGGAUGGAGGAGAAGAUCCCAGUUAUUGUUGCAACCAUCAGUUUUGGAAUGGGAGUAGACAAAGCAAAUGUCAGGUUUGUUGCUCAUUGGAACAUUGCCAAGUCAAUGGCAGGAUAUUACCAAGAGUCUGGCAGAGCUGGGAGAGAUGGGAAGCCCUCCUGCUGCCGCCUCUAUUACUCUAGGAACGACCGGGAUCAAGUUAGCUUCCUGAUUAAGAAGGAGCUCUCUAAAAUCCAGGAAAAAAAGGUACCUUAAAAGAAUCUGACAAGGCUGCGAUGACAGCUUUUGAUGCUAUUGUAAGCUUCUGUGAGGAGUUGGGGUG